UUCCUUAUGAUGAUCUCAUGGUGCACAAUUGGUUACCAUGAAGAUUAUUCUGUUCCCCACUAUAAAUCUACAGGAGGGUUUUCUAGAGCAUAUGAUUGGUAUAUGAAAGCCGUAAAAGAUUUCAUCACGUUUCAAGAUGUUGACGACGACGUUAUUGAUAACUUAGCUAAUCUAUCUUCAACUACUAAAACAUUUGAUGUGGAUUCUUAUGGUGCUAAAGGUGACGGCAAAAAAGAUGAUACAAAGGCAUUCAAGAAGGCAUGGAAAGAAGCGUGUGCAUCCACAACAACAUCAAUAUUUAGUGUAGCCAAAAACAAGACAUACCUUGUAACGCCAAUUAAGUUUGAAGGUCCUUGCAAAGCUUCUUCCAUAACUAUGCAGAUAUCAGGAACCAUUUUAGCAUCAACGAAAGAAUCGAAAUAUAAGAAAGAUGAAAAGCAUUGGCUUAGAGUGGAUAAAGUUGAAAACCUAGUGAUUGACGGAGGUGGAGUCAUUGACGGCAAUGGGGACGUUUGGUGGAAGAAUUCUUGCAAAGUCGACAAGUCGCUUCCCUGCAAGGAUGCUCCAACGGCCUUAACGUUAUAUAAGUGCACGACAUUAACAGUGAAGAAUUUGAAUAUUCAAAAUGCACAACAAAUGCACAUUUCUUUCGACAAUUGUGACGACGUCCAAGUUUCAAAGAUUCAAAUUACUGCGCCGGAAGAUAGCCCCAACACCGAUGGAAUUCAUGUCACUCACACUCAAAACAUCAAAAUAUCUGACUCCGUUAUAGGAACAGGAGAUGAUUGUAUUUCAAUUGUGAGUGGAUCCACAAAUGUUCAAGCUACUGGGAUCACAUGUGGACCUGGUCAUGGUAUUAGUAUUGGGAGCCUUGGGUCCAAAAAUUCAGAAGCUCAUGUUUCGGAUAUUACAGUUGACGGGGCUACACUUACGGGGACAACAAAUGGUGUUAGAAUCAAAACUUGGCAGGGAGGUUCAGGAAAUGCGACCAAUAUCACAUUUAAGAAUAUCAGCAUGAAGAAUGUGUCGAACCCUGUCAUUAUAGAUCAAAAUUAUUGUGAUCAAGAUUCACCUUGCAAAGAACAGGAUUCAGCCGUCGAUAUAAUAGACGUGACUUACCAAAAUAUUACUGGAACAAGCGCAGAUAAAGAAGCAAUAACAUUUGAUUGUAGCAAAAAUCAGCCAUGUCAAGGGAUCGUGUUACAAGACAUAAACCUCACUCGAGAAAGCGGUGGGAAGACUAAAGCCGUCUGCAACAACGUCGAUUUGACUUAUAAAGGAACUGUCACCCCUAAAUGCCCAAACAAUAUUGUUCAAGAACGACCAACAUUCGGGACUUCUAGCUACUACUGA